UCGUGGCCGAGGCAAUUUGGACGUCUGGUAAGUUGUUGUUGAGCGAGUUGACUGAAAGGGGGGAAGGUGAGGAAUGGGGUAGCUCCACUACACAACACUCUAUAUGCAUCUGGAGGCUAUCUGGAUCAUGUGCAUUCGGACGAGCUUUAACACCUCAAAUGCAUUCGGACUAGAAGGCGUCCAAAUGCAUGUAGAGUGUUGAGUAGUGGAACGAGGCCCGACGAGCAGUGGUAGUAGUAGUAGUAGUAGUAGUAGUAGUAGUAGUAGGAGUGCUACUACGACGAGGAGGAGGGACGAGUUCCCCUCCUCCUGCUUGCUUCUCGAUAGCGUGGUAAUUGGAAAGGUGGGCGUAGUUGCGCGAUGCCGACGGGGGGAAGCGGAAGCGUGCGCUCUCAUCGCGCAGCAACGCAGUGGGAGUGAGGGAAGUUGAAGUUGGUACACGUCAGCUGUUGGGUUAGACCCCUUAUGUAAUUAAUUAAUCAUCGGUGAGCUUGGGGAAGGUGGUUGCGAAGGACGAGAGGAAGAGGGUGGAUUUGAAUGACAGGAGGAGGAGGAGGAGGAGGAGGAGGAGGAGGAGGAGGAGGAGGAGGAUUGAAACGAAAAGGUAGGUAGUGGGGUGUUGAGAGCGCAUGAUGAGGGAGGGUUGGGCCGGGAUCCCGACCUCGAUACGGUCACUGCCUUCCGCGAUGACGGCGUUUUCAUCUGUACCUGGAGCGGGGUCCGGUCGGGAUGCCAAUCUGUAUCAUGAACGUGAGGAUGGAGAGCGGAAUGAGAUGGACAGGAUCGCGACAGAGGAGGAGGAGGAGGAGGAGGAGGUGAUGAUGAUGAUGAUGAGGGUAUCGGAAGUGGAGGAAGAACCUGUUGUUGCCAGCGGCAGUAGGCCGCCGUCGCAAGCAACGGACAGUCCCUCCUCCUCGUCGAGGGAGGAGAGCGAGAAGGAGGUGGUCCUCCUCAUUGAAGAGUGUAGAAUCUGCAAAGAGGGAGGCGGGGGGGAAAUGAUUAAGCCGUGUGAAUGUGGAGGCACAAUGGCCAGAGUCCAUCUCAAAUGUUUGCAGCAAUGGAUCAGCCGACGACGUCAUGUUAAUAUCAGCGAAGCGGGACGGUGUGAGAUCUGUAAAUCGGAUUACAAACUGCGAAUCAAGGAAGAAUUCGAGUGCAGCGUGGCAAGGCUGUGCUCAUUCGCUUCAUUAAGCUUCUAUGCGGAAUUCAUUACCAUUCUAGUGACACUCACUGCGAUGGUGGCACUUCUCUUCCUCUUUUUCAAGAGCCGCCAAAAUGCUACGAAAGUGACACUGUAUGUAGCAGUCGUCAUGGGACUCUCGGUUUUGGCGCUCGGGUGUUUCACACUUAUAAAGGUCUCAGUGAGGUGGAGAAGGGCGAAUUCUGUGCCGGUGAUAACUCCCCUUUCGCCAGCCCGCUUGCUGCCACAUGAUCCUGCCUGAUAUGCAAAAUUGCGGAAUUGAUGAUGAGCGAUCUCCUACUUCCCCUUGCGCGGCUCUGCGCAUGUGCAGAAGCCAAAAGCCCCACCCAUGGGUUGCUAUACCGAAUGCAUUUCCCGUUCUCCCCGAUACCAGGGGAGGGGAGUCGUCGCGCCCAUCGAUGCGAGCUCGCCUUUGCUGGCCUGCUUGGUGGUAGUUGGAUCUGGCUCGACGCCUCGACCGGUCGGACAGAUAGUGAGUGAUGCCCUGUGCCCCCUUGUGUGGCUGUGUGUCAAUUCUUAUGAAGGAGGGCCGCCAACGGCUUGACGUGUACAACGAGCUUCGUGUUUUGCCGGAUGGUUGCAUCGUGGUUGCUGUUCUGUGUAAAGUCUAAUGCUGUUGGGAAGAAAACUUUUGUGUUGUGGUAAGGUGAUAUUGCAUAGUAUGUAGCGUGGUGCCGCAUGUGUGAGGAGACAUUGAAUUGCAUUUCACUGUUGUAAUAUGAAAGUGAGCAAGCAUAUUCGAAGGGUGAUCACUUCAGUUCAAGAGUCGAGAGUACAGGUGUGGCAGCAGUGCGUAACGGGAUUAUUUGUGUUGUGCGCUCAGUGCUCGUUCCGAGGACUGUUUCGUUCCGUCGAGUUCUCAUGGCAGUUGCUUUUGUGCUAACGGGAACUGGCAGGCUGUUAUACCAUGUGGUUGGUCAGCUGGCACUUUCUGACCGGUCCGUCCCUCUCUCUAAAAGAGGGAGCAGCAGCUGUGAGAAAGCUGCUGAUCGGUUUGUAUUGCUACUGAAGGGUUGAGCAUCUACGCGUCAGAGAGACGCAGGGGGGUCAGCUGAGGCGGUAUGGUUUUGGCUGGAGGAGAACCGGUAGGCCGUUGUGCCGUGCGUUUGGUCAGCUGGCAUUUUCUGAGCAGCCCCGUGCUCUUGUAAAGUGGGAGCACUGGUGGGAAGGCUGAUCAGUGUCUAGUGCUGCAACGCACUGCUACUGGAUGGUCGAACGUCUGUGCUUCAGUGAGAGCCAGGCCGGUGGGCUGAGGCUGGACAUCCACGAUGGAUAGAACAACGAGGAGGCUGGAGAUCCACGAUGGAUGGAACAACGUGGUGAAUCUGAGUGGUAGGGAAACUCAGUAUCAAGAUGUCUGAAUAGUGUAGGGUAAUGACACUCAGGAUAAAGAUGUGUAUGACACUGUGUGUUGAAUAGAGUAGUGCUGCUCGGCGUAAAUCUCUAAGCCUGCUGCAGCUCCUUGUCGAAUCUGCAACGACCAUCGUUUCCCAAGUGGAAUGUGGGCCAAGAUGUGUGUGUGGAAGGAAUAUAGCUUACAGCUACUCGGGGUAAAUCUCAAAGCCUGCCGCAACUCCUGCCUUAAUCUGCAAUGACCAUCGUUUCCCAAGUGGAAGGAGUAUUGCCCUGCACACAGUUUGCAGAAUCAUUGACAUUCUCGAGGACGUGGCUUUUUGGUCCGUCAGCGUCUCAGAGUCUUUUGCUGUUGUUGUCUAGCCGCUCAACUUGAAGUGUUCAGUGGCGCUGCGUUUCCUGGUGCUGUGGCUGAAAGCAGUUGUUGCUCUUGGGCACUUCAUCGACUCGAUCCAGAUGCAUGUGUGUGUGUGUGUGUGUGUGUGUGUGUGUGUGUGUGUGUGUGUGUGUGUGUGUGUGCGCGCGCUGAAGACGAACUUCAACGCCAUUUCACAUCACGCUGUUUACAGUCAUUGAUCGGAGCAGUACCUUGGGAGGAUCUGCAGAGUGACAGAUGGCUACCUUGAUUUGUUUUUAACUCUUGUUGUUCUAUCUGUUUCAUUCUGCCAGACGCUUUUCGCCAUGGUAUUGGACAAUCAAUCGCCUCCAUGAGACCAGGUCCCUACCCAGCCUUGAUUAGACGAGGUAAGCCCGUUCCCGCGCUUAAUAAUCCUUGUAGUGUAUAGUGCAUCAAUUUCCUCUUUAGUUCUUGUGCCAAAACGGUUAUCGUUCUGCCGUCUCGUUUCAACCUCGUGCUUUUGGUCAUCAACCGGGUGCAUACAAAGGAUAUAUUCUCUGCGCGGGGAGAAGAAAUGUGUGGUCUGUCUGUUUGGAAUAUCAUUAUCGUUAUGACUCUUACGAGAGAGUGUAAGAUUUCGGUGAGUGUCUCAGACCUUGGAUUGUUCCUCAGUGAGUGUAAGAUUUCGGGUUAAGCGACCGAUGGUGUGUCCGAUCGCAUCCUGUAGACAAGGUUGAUUUCUUUUGUGCUGUUGUUGGGCAGAAGGUGAAGUCCGAUUACCGUUCUCUUUCCUUAGAGAUAAUGAAUAAUAAGGAUGGAGCGCAUGGCGAAUAAGAGAGGGACAAAGGUGGAGUGAGGAGAAGGAGGCUGCCCUUCCACUGAAAGCCGCUACAUUUGGUUAAGACAUGGAAAAUGAUUCUGUAUAAGGACAGAGAUAGAGGAGGAGGAGGAGGAGGAGGAGGAGGAGGAGGAGGAGGAGGAGGAGGAAGAGUAGUGUGUAAAUUUUUCUUAUUAGACUUGUAGUUAUGAUUUGACUUUCUCCCAUCCCUCCCCCCCCCUCCUCCCGCAUCUAGGCUAAGUUUGUAGCCUUUAAGUGAAAAAUUGUAUAUUGACCCUGUAGGAGUACCAAUUAAAGAAUUGAUACAUAGGCUCAGGUUUUAGUAGAGAAGUGAUGGCAAGCAUCCUUGAAGUAAGGGGGCUGCAAUGUAAAAGAAGAAGAAGUCACUGCCCAUUUUUUAUUAUUUGAAGGCUUUUUCGGGAUCCACCCCCCCAAAAGGUUGAUUUGGUUUUGUAUUUGGAAGGUGGCUGAGAUUACGUAACACUGAAUAAAAGUCAGCUUUGAAA